AUGAAGGACUUACAAGAUGAGAUUGUGGUAAAACCUGAAAUUAUGUUAAUGUUUUUUGUAAAGUUUGCUUUUGCUGAGAGGCAGGAACUCGACAAAACAGUUCAUUCGCUGAAGUACGAUCGCCAACAGACCAGGUGACCUGACUGUCUCACAGACGCAGAUAGAUCUAUUGAGUUUCACAUUACAUAGUCCCUGGCAAAUUUUAGAAAUAAAUAAAAGUCCCUUAACAUAAAAUUACAUGAGCAACAUUAACUGCUCAGUCACCAACAACUGAAUGGUUUCAUUAUGGCACACGAGGCCCACUCUUUUUUAUUCCCAGAAGUGCUAUGUGCUCACUACUUGAGAUCCAGUUUACCGUAGUUGGUUAUAGCGAAACGGAAACCUAAUUCGACCCAGACACGGAUGGUCACAACAAAAAUAAUAUACCCACUCUGAAAAUGAGUAAAUAAAUGGAAUUAUUAGAUUCUCAUACAUCUUUUUUAUUGUUUAAAAUCAGCUGCCGGACGCGAAAUGUGCACGUUGUGCGCUGUCAUUACAUUGCUCCAGAUUUAUACUUAUUCGUCCGUUGCUGUGGAAGUGGAAAUAUGGUAAAACAUCCCCACAACGAGCGAACUGAUAAGUUUAGAGGAUUCAGCGUAUAUAAGUCCGUAAAUGGAAUAUGGUGGAGGUGAGAAAAUGGAUGGAGAUCGACUGUUGUACCUUCAGCGUAUAAGUUAUGUUAAUUGCGAAAUUAGGGAUAAGGAAAAGGAAUUGUGUAAGCUGACCACUUUCGAAGGAUGUAAAAUGCCUUUGAAGAGAGAGAGGGAUCUUGCUUGGAAAUCAGGAAUGCGUUUCCAUUAGUUGCUCCAUAAAGCUAAGUUGUAUUAGAAAGAACCAAAACACGCCCCGGAUGAUUUUUAUGCGUUACCUAAACGUUUCAAUUUAAUGUGGAAACUGCGUUAUGCAAAUAGGAUAAUUAUUUCGACCCUUAUUACACCGUAGGACGCACUGUCAUGAAUUUAAGUUUCUUGAUCUUGCCCCAGGUUAUUUGUCACCAGUUACAACGACGAGUCAGUAGCUUACACACGUUUGCUGUUACCAGCUUGUGUUUUAGAUUUUUACUCAAAAAUACAUGCUAAUGUCUAACUGUCUUUGUGACCCGAAUUCACGAUUUUUAACCGACUAGUGGAUGUCCUCUUCAAAUUCACAAACGAUCACACAGUGAAUGUUUUGAGGCACACGUUCUGCCUACCGGCAACAUAUCAUCAAAUAUCGCUGAAGAAUUGAUGGAUGCCAUUGUUGCUGAAGGAAAAGAUACCAUAGGCGGACACCGGGGAGCAUUUUUCGCUGGCGACAUUACUCACCAACAGUAUUCUCCAGUAACAGAAGAAAUUGUCGAGUCUGACCUAAAAGACGUCAACCAAAGUUUGUCAAGUAAGGUUUUUCCGCAGCCAACACCAUCGGUAAGCUUCGCACUUACUAUCAUGUUAAUUUACUUUAGAGGAACACAGUUAUGUGUCCUGAUCGACGUCCGUAUGAUCAACAUCAGACACCCGGGUGAGUUGAAACCUUUUGCAUUUUCCAGGUCUUGGGUCUCGUCAUAACUCUACUACUCACUCAAAGCAGAGUUUAAAACAGGAGUUCACGACCCAUAUGGAUUCCAAAACGAUAAAUUAGUGAAAACGUAUAAGGGAAUGUAAUUAAUUAUGGGUGAUAGUUUCGGCCAUAGAGCAUCUUCGCAGAUAUCAUAUCUCCUGGCUCAAUUCUCUCGCGACAAUUUUACCCACACAGUCUGUGAUGCAAACAUACCUGUCUUAAUUGUGUACUUAACACACUGAUGUUUUAGUUCGACAUAAUUACAAUGAAAAUCGAAACAGUUCCAAAAACCCCACGAUACAGUGGUAAUGUGAAUAAUUUGCUGGUCGUUUUAUAUGCCAAAACCUAACUGCCCCCUUCUACCGCACACUGUCCGUUAAGUUUUUGAUGCGAAGGCAGCAUAGCAGUUACUUAUGAGGUUUCUACCCUAGGUGUCGGAAUAUUCUGACUAUCUAUCCACCAAAAGCGUCUGCAGAUUAAUUGUGAUAUGGAAGGCUGGCAAUUUUUAAACCGGCGUAUUUGUCCGUUCACUGUGGGUAUAGUCAGAUCGAUCCGAGUUUCUGGAAAAAUCCCCUUUGCUUUUCACGUUAGACCGCCAAAACGGUGAUGGAAAAGAGUGAACGUACCACUGAACUAGUGAAUUUUGUCUUAGUUUCCUUUUCGAUGUGCCAGUCUAAACCCCGUUACAACGAGCGCAUUGAGUGGGACAGGACACCAAGUGCUUGUUUAUCGAGACUGAUAUCAGUUGCAACACAAAUUCAGCGCUCACUCUGAGAACUGACCGCUUUAUAACUUGUUUUCCUGAACUCCUCUAGUCCUUUACUGUAGUCGUGAUCGGUGAGGGAAAACGAAAACAGUUACGAAAGUAUCUGAACAGCACAAAACGCGAGAGAAUUAAAUAAUAUUUUUACAUCCUUGUUAAAAAUGACCACGUGUCAUUUGACCUUGAAAUUAAAUCAUGUGCCCGUUUGGCGGGACAGAACGGAGAUGUGUUGGACCAAAACGGGUAGUGAGGGAUUGAUUUUCAUUGGCUAUUGCGAAGCAUAGUGUAAUUAUCAUUUAGCUUUCCCUGUAGGAGUGCACAAGUGGACUCGGCCGAGGAUGUUGGCUUUUUUAAACUAGAAUUGUCUUUGGAUGUAAGUCACUUUUCCCCAAGAAUGUUCACUGCUGUCCAGUUAUUGCUAAGAAGAAUGUCCGCUGUUCCCGAAAUACGGGGAAUCAUACCGUGGUUUUGGCUUUGGACUGGUCCUAAGUCAGACAGUGGGUUGCUGAAAAUUGUUAAAUGCUGCAGGACAGGUUUGCAGGAAUGGGCAACAAUCAAAAAUAAGGCUAGAGCAAUUGCGGAAAAAAGACUGUGAAACAACAGUUGAGCGAAGGAUGCUUCUAAUACAAGGAAUGUCUUAAAUAUAUUACCAGUCGCAGUCUAAUAGCUGCGGAAAAUUUGUGUUUUACUACCUGCGUACGCAGAUGGGACAAAAUAAUAAAGCUCUCGGGUUAUUGGAAGGAUGAUACGCGAAGAAAAUAUACGGGUGCAUAAAGUAACGACUGGUAUUAUGCCGUCCAGUGGACAACACACAGUUUUCGUAGACUCGGAGAAAGUGAGCGGAAUCCCUUAUGCAGUCACGGCGCCUCUUAGGUAGGCGGCAUUUGUGGGCUGGACCUACCUUCUCAUAUCGUCCAUUCCAAAUGUUAAGAAUCCCCUGCGUGUAUAUCGCCUACUUGGCCAGUAAGUCGCCACACUUAAUGCGCGCUCGCAGGGAUGUCCUCGGAGGUUAGUUUUGUGAAUAGUCGAGGUAACUGGCUGGGUUUUACCUCAUUCAUCGUUUUAAGCAGCCUCUAAGUUUUGCGUGGAUCUGCAUGUAGUAUUAUCGGCUCAAGAUCAGAGAAGUCCAGAUUCCCAGGCCUUUUUCUAUUUGACAGCUGCCGAAGUGAACGGUUAUGCAAUAUGUCCUAAAACCAUACGAUUUGUUUGAUUGUAGCACCGGACGUAUGGGACCGACACUAGGAAGCGGCGUUUGAAUGACGACCAAACGAAGGCUAUUGUUUAGAAUUAUUAAUUCCGUUAGAUUAGCUUACUGUAAUUUAUGGGAACUGCUCCAUUGUUUCCGUGUUAGCAAAAGCAAUAGUACCUAGUUUGCAGCGGAGUGGACACGUGUUAUGAUCUCCUCUUCAGACGCCGUGUGUGGGAUAAAUUUGAUGUUUUAGUCUGGAUUACUUGCGAGGACAUGUUUCUGUGUGAUUACCGCAAUGUCGCCUUAGCCAAUUCAUAUUCUAACCCUAAUUGCGACCUCGUAGGCGUAAUUGUGACCCCGCAUAUAGCUUAGGCUUGUGAUUUAAUCAGCAUAUAUGAGGCAGACUGAUAAAAGUACACUUCAAAACAGUUUUCGAGAAAUAACAAUGAUCAUUACAUAAACACCUGAAGAGCAUCGCUGUUGUCCGGCAACUCGUGAGAUAUGGUCUCUAGAAACCCACUUCUCAAGGUGCAAUGAGUUAGUAAAAUUUCGUGUGGAGAAAAUUGCUCCUUAAAAAUGUUUCCAUGAUCUUCUUCAUUGCAUCAGAGAGACGGGCCGCGCAAAAGUAAGGAACUGACAAUACGCAGUCUUCAUUUGAUGGUGGGGAAGGGUAACUCAGUCAGGCCUCCAGCCAUUUGAGAAGCCAAACUUCGGGGCUAACCCUAGGCAGCCUACUGCGGAUAUUUACCUAGGAAGGGCUGAGUGCAGAAACCAAAGUUCGGUUCUAAAGUCUUGAGUGAGUCUGAAGUUCAUCCUCUGAAAAGAGUAGGUCUUACGUCCGUUAAAAGAUCUUGGAAAAAAGUAGUUUUUUGUUUUCGGCUGUCCACAUUUGAAGAAUGAGCGAUAUUCUCGAGAGGAGUGGCAGUGUGUCUCACAUGGCUUUCUGAACUUAUGUUGUCAUUCUGUCACACCGACUGUCAAGUAACAUAUCGGUGAGCCUGAUGGUAACACUGUAAAAUGAUUACUAAAGUAGUUUGCAAGUAUAUUGGUUUUCCACCGCUGUCCCAUUGUAAGACUCCAUCGAACCGAAGUUCUAAGGAAGGUAACCUCAAGCAGACAGCUUGGGUACGUUUGUCCUCAAAAGUCCUAGUAAAAAGAUUCCACGAGGGUCGACGCUCUCCAAAAGCCCGUCUCAGUGCUUCAAGCUAGUUGCUUACUUGACUGAGUGUACACCUCGUUUUCAUGCGCAUACACUGUCGAGGUCAAGUUAAAAAGCUACUUGUUCAGCUUCCGAUGCUUCUUAUAGUGCCUAGAAUUUGCAGGUUAUUUGAUCUCCUGGUUAAGCUAAUAUGCCACAAACUCUCUAGAUAUUACAGUGCACAGUUUUCUAUAUUUUACUGUGAUGGUUCCGUUCUCUCGAAAGCGAACGCAGUAAUCAGACUGAGGCAAGUAACAAGCUACCGGUUUUGCCUUUCUUCAGAUCAAAUCCUUAGUUCUGCAUUAAGUGGGUUUGGGUUGUGGCUGAAGAUCGCAUGAGCAUAUCAGGAAUGACCGCUCAAAAUUUUUCGUCUUGUCCAACGUAUAUGCGUAAAUGUUAGUGUGUUUUUACAGGGCCUUAAUUUACUUUGACGUGUAAUCUUGACGCUGGGACGGUGUGAAUGUCGUAUUUCGCAAUUUAUGCUCAAUGAGUCCUGGGAUAAGGAUUAGUUGUCUAGGAGGAAAUUAUGUUUCUACAUCGAACACAUUUUUUGACUGUCAGACUGCAAGUCGAGGCAACAAAUAACCCAACUACGACCCGAGAUUUAAGCCUUUUGGUCACUUGAAAAAUCAAUUAAGAGCUGUCAGUCAGCCGCUUGUGGAGGUACUCGACCAAUGGAAUCACCUCCUUGUGCUCAACUUUAUCGUGAGGCCUGUUCGAAUAACUGAUCAUCACCUGAUUCUAGUGGAUUUGAGCAAGCUUCCUUAUUGUCCAUGAGAGUGAUCUUUUUCCCACCGAUGAGGACUACGCUUAUCAGGAUCGCUCACUCGCUUGACUGCAGACUGCAUUGUUAUCCUACUAAUCGGUCUGCUUUCGCCGACCAUAUUGCUCCUCUGAGGCUAAUUGUCAGAAACAAAGUGGCAACUUCCAGUCUUAUAGCUGGAGCAAUGGAAUUGUCGUUUACUGAAUUGUUUGCUAAAAAUAGUCAUUGUUUUCGUGGUCCGACGGCCUAACGCAAAUAACUCACUUCUUAAAUGCAGAUUCUUUGCAUAUUUUAAACCAGGGAUAUCACCACAAGGAGUAUCAACGACUCACUCUUCAUCCGGAUUUUCGAGCAAGAGUUUGCUUGUUUGUUUUCAGCUAUAAAAUUGCUGCAACCCCUGCGACUGCAUGUAAUCCUUAGUUUUGUUUUCCUUUUCAUGUUUAUCCCCCUUUGUUUUUGCAUUUCUACUUCACUCCUGAUUUCCUUCCCAGUAACAGUUUCCAGGAUCGACAGGAGAAAAGAAAUUUCCGCUCCCUUUCCAUUUAACCUUUUUCUGGACAGAAUCAUAACAUUCUCACAUUUGCACGGACCUCCUCCCCAGUAAUAACUUAAAAAUAAAGACUUAAAUGGUAUAUUAAGCAGUUUUGUUUCUUGGGGCCAUCGGAAUUGUUUGGUCUUGAAAACUCUUUUUUCAAACUGAAUUCAAAUGAAACUUACAAGUUACUUUGAAGAAUAUAUGAAGGGCUAGCUUUGUGGUUCCCUAGUUCAAUAAACUGACAGGAGUCACUUCUAGUUCAACCUUUGAAAACACUUGAAAAAUAUUUGUCGGGCUGAUUACAAUGUAGUAAAACAAGGAAACAUAGGGCAGAUUGGCCCUGGGUUUUAUGCAGAUGCGUUUAUUCGACCACACUAGAUAAAAACUCCCUGGCCCACGCCUCCGGAUUUGCAAUUGAAAACCAUUAACUAGGACCUUUUUCAACAUCCGAUUACUGACCAUCACGUUUCUGAUUUUAGAACGUUCCUUGGCGUUUAUAAAGUAUUCUUGAUUGCCUCCAUAGUUUGUCUUGAUGUUAUGUUAUAUUCGAGGUUGAAAACCUAUCCCAUCAUCCAAAUGGCGAUGGCUAGUGUUUAGUCGUCGUGGUUCACUACAGCAAUUUUACAAACUAGCUUUAAAUCAUUCCUUGGUAUCUUAAAUGCUCACAAGCGGAUGAAGUGCAUACGUGAACAGACUGACCGACACAGGGUUAGCUUAAUCAACAGCGUAAACCUAUCGAUAGGUACUAAAACCUCUGCUUCCAUUGUACACUCAGGCGCUCACCGCCGCAUAA